UCAGCGUCCUCUCCGUUCGUCCAGAUCGUGAAGCCCAUCUCCGCUGUUUCGGCAACGAUUUUGUCAUCCACCGUCAAAUAUUUUGAGAAGAGAGAUCUGGUUCUCUGCUGCGUCGUCUUCUUCAUCUCUUAUAUCUGAUACGCCUUUGCUGCUAUUCUAGGAUUCGUUGAAUCGGAUUAUCGGUUUACAUUGAUCUGUGAAGAAAAUGGCGGGAGGGUUUAGGGUGCUGCAUCUGGUGAGGCCUUUUCUGGCGAUCUUGCCGGAGGUGGAGACUGCGGAUCGGAAGAUACCAUUCAGGGAGAAGGUCAUCUACACGGUGAUAUCGCUUUUUAUUUUUCUGGUCUGUAGUCAGCUUCCUCUCUAUGGCAUCCACUCUACCACCGGCGCGGAUCCGUUUUACUGGAUGCGUGUCAUCCUUGCGUCCAACCGAGGAACUGUUAUGGAGUUGGGUAUUACUCCUAUUGUGACAUCUGGACUGGUUAUGCAGCUGUUGGCUGGAUCCAAGAUCAUCGAAGUCGAUAAUAGCGUGAGAGAGGAUCGCGCUCUGUUGAAUGGUGCCCAGAAGUUACUUGGCAUUCUAAUUGCCAUCGGAGAGGCAGUGGCCUAUGUCCUAUCUGGGAUGUAUGGUAGUGUCAGCCAGCUUGGUGCUGGAAAUGCUAUAUUGAUAAUCCUUCAGCUUUGCUUUGCCGGUAUCAUUGUCAUUUGCUUAGACGAACUACUCCAAAAGGGUUAUGGUCUUGGAUCCGGUAUUUCACUUUUCAUAGCCACCAACAUAUGCGAAAAUAUCAUCUGGAAGGCAUUUAGUCCUACCACCAUUAACACUGGGAGGGGUGCGGAAUUUGAGGGUGCAGUUAUUGCAUUGUUCCAUUUACUUAUUACUCGAUCGGACAAGGUCCGGGCCCUGCGAGAAGCUUUUUAUCGGCAAAAUCUCCCAAAUGUGACCAAUCUGCUUGCUACUGUUUUGGUGUUCCUCAUUGUCAUAUAUUUCCAAGGAUUUCGAGUGGUUCUACCAGUUAGGUCCAAGAAUGCUCGUGGCCAGCAGGGUUCUUAUCCGAUCAAGUUAUUUUACACUUCUAACAUGCCUAUUAUCUUGCAGUCUGCGCUUGUUUCCAACUUGUAUUUCAUUUCUCAGUUGCUUUAUAGGAGAUACAGUGGAAAUUUCCUCGUAAAUCUACUGGGUACAUGGAAGGAAUCCGAGUAUUCUGGCCAAUCUGUACCUGUUGGUGGUAUAGCUUAUUACAUUACAGCUCCGUCGAGUCUGGCGGAUAUGGCUGCAAAUCCAUUCCAUGCUCUUUUUUACAUAGUUUUUAUGCUAUCUGCAUGCGCACUUUUCUCAAAAACUUGGAUCGAGGUAUCUGGAUCAUCAGCAAGAGACGUGGCUAAGCAGCUCAAGGAACAACAAAUGGUAAUGCCAGGCCAUCGGGAAUCCAAUCUACAGAAGGAGCUGAACCGUUACAUUCCAACCGCUGCUGCUUUUGGAGGCAUGUGCAUUGGAGCUCUAACAGUUGUGGCAGAUUUCAUGGGAGCAAUUGGUUCAGGGACUGGCAUUCUUCUUGCCGUGACUAUCAUAUAUCAAUAUUUUGAGACUUUUGAAAAGGAGAGAGCAACCGAACUUGGCUUCUUUGGCCUAUAGCCUCCAAUUGAAGAGAGAUUAUUCUAUGCGAAAUCUGAAUGUAUUCGGAGAUGAAUCCGGACGCGCCAAAUCACCGGAUGCACUGGGCCCCAGUGAUUCGCCUCCGAACAUGUUCGGAUUCCGCACAGAAUAAUUUUUCCCCAAUUGAAAGUCUCUCCUUUCACCAUUGCUAGUCAAACUUGGCUUCUUUGGCCUUCUCAAUACCAAUUAUAGAGUUUAAACUGUAGUGCAGCUUAUUUCAUCAUAUUUUUUCAAGCAGCAGAAGCUACUUUUAAAGUCUUUAGAUUUACCGUUCUGUAAGCAAAUUGAGAUUAUAUGGACUUGGAGAGAGAGGUCGGCGUGCUCAUGUUGUUCACAGAGCUGUUGUUGAUUUACUCUCCAUCGAUCUUGUUUUGUUGUGUUAUUAUUUUGGAAGUAUUCAUUUCUAUUGAAUUGAUA